AUGGUGGAUGUCCCUGGCGAUGGAUCUAGAGUGGAUGUGAGGAACACGACAGCAUUUCUAAGCAACAGCAACGCGACUACGAAUUUACCGGGUGCGAUCAAUCCUACGGCGCAAGAUGACAGCGAACGACCUUUGAAAAGAGCAAAGAUUGGAGGGCAUGGCUUCCGCGGCACAGGGGAGGGUGGUGAAGUAGCAACAGACAGGGCACAUCGGACAGUACCAGGCUCACCUUUACCGACUCUACCGGCACCAACUACUGCGACGAGAAGGAAUGCGCAACAGACUACAACGACAAGACCUGGGGUGGACAGAGCGGCGCGGAAGGCGAACGGUCUCGAGCCGCCCAGCAUCGCAACGCGGGUCCCACAACCAAAGAACGUAGCCGACUUCUCUCCGUGGCAUGGUCAACAUCCGGAAGAUACGAUGAGCGAGAUUGUCGUGAAGCAGGGCUAUUCCGACAAAGCAGCGGGUCCGAAUUCUACCGAGACGAACUCCGCCAGAACGACGAUAUGGCCAAAUCUCAGCCAAAAGAACAUGAUGGGACUACAGACGCUUUCGUAUCUGUUCACAUCCGUCAUGGAGAAGCGACAACUCCUGGGCAAAUGCACGGCACCGUCAACUUUCAAGCCGCCACCGCGCGUUACUGUCACCGAUACUAAGCGCGAGGCGUGGCUUCGAGAUUUGGCGAAUCCGGAUGUUCCACUGCGGAAGCAAAGCCGGACGAUUCCUCAUGGCAUUCGAGGAAAGUCUCUCAUGGAGCAGUGUCUCAGCAAGGAUAUCCCGAUGCCUCGUGCGGUGUGGCUUGCGAAAUGUGUGGGAGCGAAUGAGCUGCGAGCAUUUCGCAGAAAGGGUGUCAGUGGUGCGGCAGCCGCGAGUGGUGAGAGCAAAUGGGUCAUGGAAUGGACGGUGCAUGUCGAACAAUUCUUGGAAGGCGUUAUUGCAUCAUGUGGUCAGCCCGAUUGGCAGGCGAAAAUGGACUAUGCG